UACGUCAACAACUGUUUAUUUUUGUACUUAGGGUAGGAGUAGAUUGCACCAUCGUUUGCAUUUCUUACAUCACGUCAAUCACGUGGUAGUUAAAUGAACUGAACACGCAUCUUUCAUAAGUCAUCCAUUACUCAUUAUUAGGUUAUGUGUUGAAACAAACAUCUUCAAUAAAAGUACCUCAGCCCAAAGUCAAUCAUAUUUAUUGUUGGAAAAGUUAUAGUUAAUCUGCGUUUCGGUGUUGAACGGGACUAAAAAUGUGGUGCUUGUCGAGACGAGUAUUAAGCUUUGGCUUGAGGAUGACGUUGAGGCGCAUGCAGGACAAUGUCACGAAUAUGCAAAAUCUGAGAAGAACAGUCAUGUUGACGCAUCAAAACAGCUUUUCCUUGUCGAGGAGCAUAAUGUCGAGGAUCAAGUACGAGCCAGCUUUGAAGAGCGAGCCGCCGAAGCUUGAGGACGAAGGCCAUAAGAAAAGUGGUAAAAAUUUGGUAUUGAACAGACAUCAACUAGGAAAAGUCGAGGGUAAGCUGAUGCUAGGUUUCACUUGCAAGCGAUGUAACACAAGAAAUGAAAACAAAAUCAUAACAAAACUGGCAUACAACAAGGGUGUGGUGAUUGUACGCUGUGACGGUUGUAAGAACAAUCAUUUGAUAGCUGACAACCUUGGCUGGUUUGGCCCUGGACAUAAAACGAGAAAUAUUGAAACUAUACUCAGGCAGAAGGGUGAAAGUGUAUGCAGGAUCAGAGAUGACAUUGGGGGAUACUUUGAAGCCAUAGCUGAGGAGGAGGUGAUAAAGGUUCAAAGACGAAUCAAGGAACAGGAGUUAAUUGAUGAUAGUGCUAUCAAAAGUGAGGAAAGUCCUAAAAUUGAAGAGGGUGGAAAGAACAAUUGAGAAGAUUAAAGUACCAAAAAAAACUUGAUCCAAGGACUCCUGUAUAUGGUUGUGUAUAAAGGUUUCUUGUUAUUUGUUGCUGUGUUCAACUGUACAUGGUUUUUUACACUUUUGUAAAUAUUUAAACAACUGUACAAUAAGGUUUUUGUGAAAAUUGUGUAUUAAUAAGGUUAAAUUGUUUUGUAGAUA